AUGGUUGCGGGCGGCGGAGAGACGGGGAACGCGCCGGGAGUAGCUCGCGUGCUGCGGGCGGCGCUCGCCCCGCGCUUGACGUGCCCGCUCUGCAAGGGCUACUUCCGGGAUGCCAACGCCUUCAAGCAGUGCGGCCACACAUUUUGCUUGGAGUGUAUCAUGAAAAAAAUAGAUGAGGAGGAGAUCGAAACCUGUCCUGUAUGCGAUGAUGCUCUUGGGAUUGCUCCUGAAGAAAAACUCAGGGCUGAUGAAAGCAUUCAAGCUAUCAGGGACAGUGUGUUUCCACAUGAGACAGAAGUUGAUGCUUCUGAGCCUCCAACUAUUACAUUGCCAGCGACGAUAGAAGAGAGGUCCAUUUCGAACUUUGUUGAAACCCCAAAGAUGGCACCAAAAUCAACCAAGAUGACAAUAUCUGCAAAUAAAAAUAAGAAUAGUGCAGAUAUUUCUAAAAAUGGAAAGAAUCAUGAGACUAUUGGCAAGGAAGAGCUUUACAAGCCCUUACGUAGUUUAAUCGGUUCAAGUGCGAAGAAAUCUAAAAAAUCAAGUUCUUGUAUUAGCAAAAAUAAAGCAACCACAGAGCAUAGUUCGAGGGAAAGCACAGAAGAAGACUCGCAUGAUAGAAUAACUACCCCAGUCUGGUUUUCACUACUGACUGCACCAAAACAGGCAAAAGCUAAACGGCUGCCUCAGAUAGAAAACAAUUUCUACAGAAUUAAAGAUGGAACUAUGCAGGUCUCCUCCAUCCUGAAGCUCCUUAUUAAAAAACUUGAACUAGCAAGUGAUGCUAAGGUGGAGAUCUUAUGCCAUGACAAAUCGGUCUGCCCCUCGACGACAUUGCAGGGCCUCCUCAAGCGAUGGUUGAGCUGCAAACCGAAGGACAAGGUCCAAAGGCCGGUGGGGGCUCCAGCGGAUGAGUUCGUUAUGGAGCUGCACUACCGGCAGUGCCUGGGGUCCAAGUAUCUCUGCUCCGCGAAGAAGAUAACCUCCCUGAUAUGCCAUUGCAGCACCUAA